AUGUACGAAUUUGUUAGAUUGGGUGAAUACGAUUCGUCGAGGACGGAUGGCCAGACUAGACUCUACAGAGUUGUUUCAAUAUAUCGGCAUGAGAACUACAUAGAUUUUCGGAAUCAUGAUAUUGCUGUGCUCAAACUGAGUCGGAAAGUCGUCUACGAUGCUUAUAUCCGACCAAUUUGCAUUUUUUUAAAUUCCGGCUAUCAGCAACUAUUUGCAAACAGCAUACAGGACUUUAUUUUAACUGGCUGGGGUCAGAUGGCCCACAACAAGAUGCCCACUACACUGCAGAAAAUGUCCCUGCGUCGUGUUAGUAAUGAAUAUUGUGCUGUUCCAGGUCUUAACAUAUGUUGCUGGAAUCCUAUGCAGUACGCCUGCUUCGGAGAUUCGGGUAGUCCAAUGGUGUCACCUGUGAAAUACGGACCGAGUACCAUGUAUGUUCAGUUUGGGGUCACCAGCUCUGUUACCGGUAAAUGCGAUGGCUACAGCUCAUAUUUGGAUCUCACGAGCCAUAUGCCUUGGCUUUCCCAAACCUUGUCAAGAAACUGGGCCUAA